AUGUAUGGGCCUUUUAAAUUAUUGGAAAUAGAAAGGCCCAUUUAUCACUUGACUAGGGUUUCCUCUUAUAAGUUAAAGAAGAAACGUUAGUCGCCACUUCUGCAGUAGUUCUACUCGUUUAGCUUCGGAGCUGCAAUUCGCACGACGUCAAGAUGCCGUCGCACAAGUCUUUCAUGAUCAAGAAGAAGCUGGCCAAGAAGCAGAGGCAGAACAGGCCUAUUCCUCACUGGAUUCGUCUCCGUACCGACAACACCAUCAGGUACAAUGCCAAGCGCAGGCACUGGCGUAGAACCAAGCUCGGAUUCUAAGUGAAAAGCUUCCUCCCAGAAGUGUCUUCUUUUCUGUUGUUGGUUUUUACCAUUUCCUCAAGUUUUUAUGGAUUUACGGUGUGACAUUUUCAUUUCUCUGUAUGACUUUUGUCUCGUUAUGUUUGUUACCAAAUUUCUAUCUAUAAAAAGCACUUCCUAGCA